AUGGAAACAGGGACCGUGGAGACAGACCACACAGGACCAGGAGGCAGGAAACACAAUGGGAAACCCAGGACCGUGAGACAGACCACACAGGGAGGGACAAACCCGGGGAUCAGGAACCCAGGACCGUGGAGACAGACCACACGGAGGAACACACAGAGACAGACCACACAGGACCGUGAGACAGACCAGGACAGGAGACACACCAGGACACAGGAGACAGACCACACAGUGGCAGACCACAGACCACACAGGAAGGAGACAGGACCACACAGGACCAGGAGACAGGACCCAGGACACACACAGCAGACCCACACACCGGAGACAGGACCACACACAGGGAAACAGGAGACAGACCAGAGACAGACCACAGGACAACAAUGGACACAGACAGGAGGCACACAGGAGGACCGGAGACAGACCACACAGGAGACCAGAACCCAGGACCCAGGACCCCAGAGACAGACCACACAGGAAAAAGGGACCGUGGAGACAGACCCAGGAGAGGACACACGGACUGGACCGACCGGAGACAGACCACAGGAGACAGUGGAGGGAAACACACAGGACCGUGAGGGAGACACCACAGGAGGAAACACAGGACCAACAAUGGGAGUGAGACAGACCACAUUGGAAGGCAGGACCAGGAGACAGAAGGACCAACAGUGGACCAGGAGACAGACCAGGAGGGCUGAGGCAGGACAGGAAACCCAGGACUGUGGAGACAGACUACAGGAGGAAAAGGAAACAGGGACCGUGGAGACAGACCACACAGGAGUGGAAGGACACAAGGACAAUGGACCAGGAGACAGGACACAGGAAAUAAUGUGGACACCGGGGGAAAAUAAUGGGAAACAGACUGGACCGGACACAGACCACACAGUGGAAAAAUGGAAACAGGACUGGAGACAGACCCAGGACAGGAGGAAUGGAGAAGGACAACCGGAGGACACUGGAGGAAUGGACAGGACCAGGAAGACAUACCAAACGGACAGGAACAGGAAGAAGGAAAUAGGAGGAAACAGGAACACCCAGGACCGUGGAGACAGGACCGGAAUGAACUGGGAAACAAUGGACACAUGA